UAGGUCACCCAUUCAAUUGAUAAAUUAACGGGUAGUUAAAGAUGUAAAGGGAACCGAACUACAAUAGUAUUAAUUAAAAAUAAACUGACAUUAGGAAUCAAUCUCUUGCACUCCUUAUUUUUCUAUAUCCGUGUUAACACUAUUCAGCAGCAUAUGAAGACUAACACCAGGAUGUGUUUUUUCCAAAAAAUACUUUUUACUUUUCGAUUUCAGUUUAAUAAGAAAUAAUUGAAGUCACAUAAAUCACUGUUUACACAACUCACUUAUAUUACUGCUCGUCAGUACACCUGUUCUCUAAUCAGCGGUAAUUCCAUCAGGUGCAGGCACGUGCACAGGUAGGGCUCAACCUGUGCAGAGCACAUGCCCUUUUUGCCCUUACACUCCGAAGUGCCCUUUUUUUGGUAGUGUUUUUUUUUAUUUAUUUUUUUAUCAAUGCUAUUGGUCACCCUUUACGUCUGUCUGUCUGUUUUACAAAUAUUUAGCAAAUGAAAGUUCUUAAAACGAGCUUGUGUAAAUCUUAUUCGAUCCUCAAGCUGUCAGUAAGCUGAUAACUCCGCCCCCUCUAUAUUCAUUGAAUCAACUGAAGUUCCACAGCAGCCUGCCAGCCGCACAGUAGACAACAGCGGAGCUGAACAAAGUUUUGCGAAGGGUUGCUUUUACUGCUCUCCAGCUGUUUUGUGAUGGAUUAAGCCACAAUGUCGCAGCUGUACUACCGCAGAACGGACAACUCCUCGUACCGGGACCGCAUUCCGCUGCGGAUAGUGCGCGCCGAGUCGGAGCUCUCGGCGCAGGAGAAGUCCUAUCUCAGCGCCGUGGAGAAGGGCGAUUACGCCAGCGUGAAACUAGCGCUGGAAGAGGCGGAGAUCUACUUCAAGAUCAACAUCAAUUGCAUUGAUCCUCUAGGGCGCACGGCGCUGCUCAUCGCCAUUGAGAAUGAGAACUUGGAGAUCAUUGAGCUGCUCCUCAGCUUCAACGUGUAUGUCGGGGAUGCACUGCUCCACGCCAUCCGUAAAGAGGUGGUGGGAGCCGUGGAGCUCCUGCUGAACCACAAGAAGCCCAGUGGAGAGAAACAGGUGCCGCCCAUCCUGCUCGAUAAACAGUUCUCAGACUUCACCCCGGACAUCACUCCUAUCAUCCUGGCUGCCCACACCAACAACUACGAGAUCAUCAAGAUGCUGGUGCAAAAAGGUGUGUCGGUCCCCCAGCCUCACGAGGUGCGGUGUAACUGCAUGGAGUGCGUCUCCAGUUCAGACGUGGACAGUCUGCGGCACUCACGCUCACGGCUGAACAUCUACAAGGCCCUGGCCAGCCCCUCUCUCAUUGCCAUGUCCAGCGAGGAUCCUUUCCUCACCGCUUUCCAGCUCAGCUGGGAGCUCCAGGAGCUCAGCAAAGUUGAAAAUGAGUUCAAGGCCGAAUACGAGGAGCUCUCCCAUCAAUGCAAACGCUUUGCUAAGGAUCUCCUGGAUCAAACCCGGUCCUCACGCGAACUGGAGUUGAUCCUUAAUUUCAGCGAUGAUGUCAACCUGCUGCAGGAUGAGACCAACAAUGAGCUGGCUCGACUGAAGUUGGCCAUCAAAUACCGGCAAAAAGAGUUUGUAGCACAGCCAAAUUGCCAGCAGCUGUUGGCCUCCCGCUGGUAUGAUGAAUUUUCUGGCUGGAGGAGACGUCACUGGGCUGGCAAGUUCAUCACCUGUGUCUUAAUCGGCCUCAUGUUCCCCCUGCUCUCCCUCUGUUACCUGGUGGCACCCAAGAGCCACUAUGGCCUCUUCAUUCGCAAGCCUUUCAUCAAGUUUAUUUGCCACACCGCCUCUUAUCUGACCUUCCUCCUGCUGCUGGCCUCUCAGCACAUAGUCUUCAACAAUCCUGAUCGCCAAGGUCCAAAGCCCACCACUGUGGAGUGGAUGGUCCUACCCUGGGUUCUAGGAUUCAUAUGGAUGGAGAUCAAGCAGAUGUGGGAUGGUGGAUUUCAGGAUUACAUCCAUGACUGGUGGAAUCUCAUGGACUUUGUGAUGAAUUCUUUGUAUCUUGCAACCAUCUCACUGAAGAUCGUUGCAUACGUUAAGUACAGGGGUUGCAAACCAAGGGAAACCUGGGAAAUGUGGCACCCCACACUAGUGGCUGAAGCGGUGUUUGCCAUUGCCAACAUCAUCAGCUCUCUACGCCUCAUCUCGCUCUUCACGGCCAAUUCUCACCUAGGUCCUUUGCAGAUAUCAUUAGGACGGAUGCUUCUGGACAUCCUAAAGUUCCUUUUCAUCUAUUGCCUGGUGUUGCUUGCCUUUGCUAAUGGACUCAAUCAGCUUUAUUUCUACUACGAGACUAGUGAUGGUCUGAACUGCAAAGGCAUACGCUGUGAACGUCAAAACAACGCUUUCUCAACGCUAUUUGAGACCUUGCAGUCUUUGUUUUGGUCCAUUUUUGGGUUGAUCAAUCUGUAUGUGACCAAUGUCCAAGCUGACCACAAGUUCACCGAAUUUGUGGGUGCCACCAUGUUUGGUACCUAUAACAUCAUCUCCUUGGUGGUCCUCCUCAACAUGCUCAUUGCCAUGAUGAACAAUUCCUAUCAGCACAUCGCCGACCAUGCUGAUAUUGAGUGGAAAUUUGCAAGAACUAAAUUAUGGAUGAGUUAUUUUGAGGAAGGAGGCACCUUGCCACCUCCCUUCAACAUUAUCCCCAGUCCCAAAUCCAUAUGUUACCUGAUUACAUGGAUUAAGGUGCAUGUGUUCAAGAGGAGGUCAAAGAAGACUGAGACAAUUGGGACAUUAGGGAGAAGAGCUGCUGAAAACAUGAGACUCAACCACCUAUACCAGGAGGUCUUGAGCAACUUAGUAAAACGAUAUGUGGCAGCUAUGAUUCGAGAUGCCAAGACUGCGGAGGGACUCACAGAGGAGAAUUUCAAAGAGCUGAAGCAGGACAUAUCUAGCUUCCGCUAUGAAGUCAUUGGAAUGAUGAAGGGCAACCGGAAAAGUACUAAAAGUGCAAAUAAGCCAGGCACAGCGGCCUCUGAUGUUUCACAUCCAGACAGUUCACUUCAAUAUUGUUCAGCUCUUCAGCAGAACAAAAAACUACAUUUGUAUGAUGUCACUGCAGUGCUACAGCAACAAAAAUCCAAGGAGUCUCUAGGUUGUCUGGUCAAUGGAUCAGCACUAAUGUUGACUGACCCGAUACUCAAAGACGAAGCCAGGAAGGGCUUUCCUAAGGAUUUUACAGACUUUGGGUUAUUCCAGAGGAAACAAAACAGUCUCAACCCUAAUAAGAUCUACUCACUUGCUGAAGAGGCAAAGAAAUCGGAUUCUGACAUAUUAGACUGGAUGAGAGAGGAAACAGUUGAGAAAUCUCUGGCAGAAAAAGCUGAACAAGAAGAAACUGAAUCAAAGUGCUUGAUGGAGGAAGUGGAAAGUGUGUUGGAGGACCAAGAGAAAGCGCACACUGCAUCUCCACUGAACAUUAGUUAAACAGACUUUAUUUCUUUUGUAACCGAGGAUUAUCAGAAUCUCAAAUUUAACCAUAGGCUUAAGAGGUUUUGUGAGAUAGUAUCUCAGGAAAAGAUAUUUGCUUGAUUGUUUUUGGGCUUAAGAAACUUCCCGGCGCUACAGAUGCCAUAAGCAGCCAUAAAUGGAGAAUGCUCAGGAAAGCACUGCACAGUGUCUAAAUGAACUUUUAAAUAGUUUUAUUUUUAUUUUAUUUUAUGUAUUUAACCUCACAUUUUCACUGUGAAGCAUCCUCUCACCACUUUUUUUUUUUUUUUUUUUUUAGAAAAAAAGGUAUUCUACAGUAUUCACAAUGUUAAGCAGCAAGAAAGCAAUUUUUCAUGCAAUAGCUUCUGAAAAUUCUGAUUACAGGAAUAUAUAACUAAUGAAAUUAUUUAAAAUAUUGUAAAAUAGAAAACUGUUAUUUUAAAUUUUAAUAUUUCACACUAUUACUGUUUUACUCUACUUUUGUUUAA